ACACAACCAUUUGACAUCCAUUGCUAACUUCUGUCUUUAGAGUUUGUUAUUUGUUGUUGUGGAUAAGAAUUAAAAACUCGUUUAUAUUCAUUAUUCUGAUUCGAAGCAAUUGUCUAUUUUCAAAGAAAUAUAUAAUAAAAAAAUGAAGAUUAAUAGUAAAACUAAAAUUGUUAGUCAAAAUAUUAUUUUAGUACCAUAUACUGAGAAACAUGUACCAAAGUAUCAUGAGUGGAUGAAAUCUGAGGAAUUACAAGUUCUAACUGCAUCCGAACCACUUACAUUAGAACAAGAAUAUGAUAUGCAAAAGUUAUGGCAUGAAGAUGAAGACAAAUGCACUUUUAUAAUACUUGACAAGCAAAACUAUGAAGUGGAGAAUAAUGAAAUAGAUGCCAUGAUAGGUGAUACAAAUAUUUUUGUCAAGGAUCAUGAUCUAGGAGAAAUUGAAAUAAUGAUUGCAGAAGAAACUGCUAGAGGUAAAAAGCUUGGCUGGGAAGCUGUUAUAAUGAUGUUAAUAUAUGGCAUUGAUUUUAUUAAAUUAAAAAAAUAUGAAGCAAAAAUUUCAUUUUCAAAUGAAAGAAGCAUAAAUAUGUUUACUAAACUAGGAUUUAAAGAGGAGUCCCGAAGUAUCAUAUUUAAUGAAAUUACUUUUGCUAAACCUGUAACAAAUGAAUGGUGUGUAUCACUGAAAGAUAAAAUUAAGUAUGAAAUAAAGAAUUAUGUUGAUUAAGA